AUAUUAGCUGUUGAGGAAUAGUUAAGAAUUUGAAAUUGAGAGAGAGACUUGUAUUUGACCUUCUCUCAUUCACCCCGGUCACUAUCGACCCUCAUUCAACCCGUGACUCAUUUCAAGUUUCAACUCGCUAAAAUCCACCCAUUUGAUACCUCUGCCUAAAUUUAUUGUACAAUGAAGUGCACCUAUGCAUGUUGACUUUGCUUUCUUUGUUUGAAGGGUUACUGUAUAGGGCUUUUAUAUGUUUUGUGGCUUUAAACUCUGUUAUCUAUAGGUCCUGGGAUUACUGGUCGAGGUAACGGGGGAAGAUUUUAAGGAAGAAUAUAUCAAUCAUGUGUUACAAGUAAUGACAAGCAUUUUCCAGUUGGCUGUCAAUGUUUUGAAAAAUAGGCAGCUGGGUCUCUCUGUUGAAGCUACAGAUUGCUCUUGGAAAGAGACAUACUACUCAUUAAUUUUGUUGGAGAAGAUACUGCAUCAAUUUCAUGGUACGUGCCUAGCAGGGCAUCUUGAGGAUAUGUGUGAAACAAUUUGUGAGCUUCUGUUGCGCCCGCAUGUAUGGUUGCGUGAUGUAUUGAACCGCUUGGUGGCCUUUUACUGUGCUUCUGUGACUGAGGCCAACAGAGCGAACCACGAGAAGUCAUUAGGAACGUUUUUUCGUAUGACACCAAGUAAGCUUUUUCUCAUAGCUGUUUCUCUCUGCUGCCAACUAAAGGCCCCCGCUAAUCGACGAUGCAGCCAGCACCCUAAUAACACGAAACCUCACCUUCAAGACUUGUGCUCUGCGUGCUAG